CCUUUACCCCUUUAAUUACCUCCUUGAUGACUUUGAAUUUACCUUCUUUAUAAACACACCCCCAUCUUCUUCUUACUACCAAAACACACAGAUCCCAGAACCCAGAAAAGAUUUGCCUUUUCAUUUUCUUAGAUAAAAGAUUCAAGGGUUUUUGAUGGUGGGGGAGAAGAGCAAAGGAAAGCGAUGGGGUUGGGUUGUGGGAGCUUUGAUCGCUGUAUUGGUUGCUGUGGCUUUCAGCUCUGCAGCACCCAAGAUUGGUCUCUUUGGUUCCUCUAAUAAGCCCUGUAAUUGUACUCAGGGUGGCAAUAAGUAUAGUGGGAUGGUGGAGGAUUGUUGUUGUGAUUAUGAGACAGUGGACCGGCUUAACAAGGAUGUUCUGAACCCCUCGCUACAAGAGCUUGUUAAAACUCCGUUUUUUCGGUAUUUCAAGGUUAAGUUGUGGUGCGACUGUCCUUUCUGGCCUGAUGAUGGUAUGUGUCGACUGAGAGAUUGCAGUGUGUGUGAAUGUCCAGAUAAUGAAUUCCCGGAAUCGUUUAAGAAACCCAACCAUGGCCUUCCGUUGGAUAAUCUUAUGUGUCAAGAAGGAAAGCCUGAGGCUGCUGUUGACCGUACACUAGAUAGAAAAGCUUUCAGAGGCUGGACGGAAAUAGACAAUCCCUGGACAAAUGACGAUGAGACUGACAAUGCUGAGAUGACAUAUGUGAAUCUUCAACUAAAUCCUGAGCGAUACACUGGCUACACUGGUCCUUCCGCUAGAAGGAUAUGGGAUGCCGUCUACGCAGAGAACUGCCCGAAGUAUCCAUCUGAAGAGUUAUGCUAUGAGGAAAGAAUUCUGUACAAGUUGAUAUCUGGUCUUCACUCAUCAAUUUCAGUCCACAUAGCUUCAGAUUAUUUACUGGAUGAAACUACACAGACGUGGGGUCAAAAUCUCUCAUUAAUGUACGAUCGGGUCCUGAGAUACCCUGAUCGUGUCAGAAACUUGUACUUCACAUAUCUCUUCGUUCUUCGAGCUGUGACAAAGGCUGCAGAUUAUUUGGAACAUGCUGAAUAUGACACCGGUGAUGUUACUGAAGAUCUGAAGACGCAGUCCCUGAUAAAACAGCUACUCUACAAUCCCCAAUUACAAGCUGCAUGCCCAAUCCCAUUUGAUGAAGCUAAAUUGUGGAAAGGCCAAAGUGGUCCUGAACUUAAGCAGAAAAUACAGAAACAGUUCAGAAACAUUAGUACAUUGAUGGAUUGUGUCGGAUGUGAGAAAUGUCGGCUGUGGGGGAAGCUUCAGGUUCUUGGUCUCGGCACUGCACUUGAGAUCCUCUUCUCUGUUGAUGGUCAGCCAAACACUCGUCAGAAUCUGCAGUUGCAACGAAAUGAAGUGAUUGCCUUGAUGAACCUGCUCAAUCGACUCUCUGAAUCUGUCAAGUUUGUUCAUGAAAUGGGACCCUCAGCUGAAAUAGAAGCGCAGGUUUCUACACCCACUUUCCCAAAUUGCCCGUUGCAAAGGAUGUGGGCAUCAUUUUUUAAUAGACCUGCUCCAAAUUGCCCGUUGCAGAGGAUGUGGAAAUCAAUAUCUGACACGCCUCCUCCAAGUUGCCCGUUGCAGAGGAUAUGGGCAUCAAUAAACGGAUAAUGCAGGUAAGGAGAAACACUAUGCCUGGUGAUACCUCAAAACAUCACCAAAUAUGAGAAUAGAUUGACUUACCCUAUGAAGAGACUUAGGCAUGUUACGAGUAGAAUGAAAAGAUACAGAACACCUCAAAUAUGUGAACAGUGUAGAACACCUCAAAUAUGUGAACAGUGUAUUGAAAUUUUGAAAUGUAACCAGCAUUUAGCUUUUUCAUUUCAUCUACAUUAAAACUAUUUAAUCUGUCGUGUUUUCUGAAAAUGAGAGUCAAUGUUGGUGCCUGAGGAAUUCAAUACUAUGGGUUUGUACAAGUCAGAUUCAACGUUCUCCAUUUUCUUAAUGUGAGAUCAACGGGAAACCUUGUUAUAAAGUUUACAAUGUGAUCAAGAAGCCAAGCACCAGCUGGAUUUGGUUUCACUGUUUAGAUGUGUUCAAAAGUUUUUGCCUUAAACCUGCAAACACUAUUUAGUCAGAAAAACUGAGCCAGUGAGGAAGUUUUUCCUAUGGAUUUGGUGGAUUGUAUGGUGUUGUUUUGAGGAAGUUUUCCCUCUUGGUUAUGGGUUUCUAUAUGAUUUGUGCACGGGGAAUUGGUAGAUAUCAGGUUUUCGGGCAACGCUUCGAUUUAGCACUCCUCGUUUACUCACAGCCGCUGAUGGUGAUAGCGACGGCAAUGUUAGCGUGCAUGGGUGGUGUGUGGUAAAUUUGUUAGUAUUGUUGUAUUUAUGCUCUCGGAUAUAAAACCUUUGAUCCAUAGUUUAGUUAGCUGGUGG